CAGGAGGUGGGAUUUUACAGGAAACGUAAAGCGAAAGGGUUUUUGUUUAUUCCACUGCGCUGAGAUAUCUGCACCUGACUGCUCUUUCCCUUCUCACAGUAUUGGAUUUUAUACAUUUCAGCAUGAAAAAGUUCUUCAAAGAUUUGGCUGGGGUCGCUGCUGGGGUUGUUGUUGGAGUCGCUGCUGGAGCAGUGGGUGCAGUCGUGGUAGUCCCUGCUGCACUAGGGUUGGUGGGCUUCACCGCGGGUGGCAUCACAGCAGGGUCCUUCGCUGCCGGUAUGAUGUCAUCAGCUGCUAUCGCUAAUGGAGGAGGAGUGGCAGCAGGCAGCCUGGUGGCUGUUCUUCAGUCAGUAGGAGCCGCUGGCUUGUCGGCUGCCACAACGGCAAGCGUGGCGUCUACAGGCGGGUUGAUCGGCGGUGCGGUGGGGUGGCUUUCUGGUGGUAGUCAUGGGGAUCAACCUCCUAAGCCUGAAGAUUCUACUGGAGAUUCAUCAGAAACAGAUGAUGAUGAUGAUGACACUUCAAACAGCCUUCCUUCCAUGGAACUGCAAAAGUCUUAAUUUUGUGUGUGUGUGUGUGUGUGUGUGUGUACCAAAAUACAUACAUACUGAGUACUUAA